UUUGCGUCUCAACAUGCAACCGCAGAUGUAUGAUGUGAGUCCCCAGGUUGAGAGAGCUCCGAACAGGCUUUUUAAUAAAUAAGUGGAGACUGCUAGCGCGCGCAAUGAGUCCGGAGGUUCGGAGCAGCAGACACAUGAACCCAGGUGGGAUAAGCCUCUUCCAACCUUGCCAAGAUCUAACAUUUUCCAGACUCGGGAUUCCCAAACAUUUUGCUUAAGCCAGGAAAAUCCUGUGUCUUUUUCUUCUAUGCUCCCUCUUCCUCUCAAUUAUUACUCCGUUGACUCCUCUCCUUUCCACUUUUUUUUUUUUUUUUUUUUUUUUUAAGAAAGACAAUAUCUUUAUUAUGAAAGUUGUUCUACGAUUCGGGUUAAAACUUGGAGGGGAUUUGAAAACGAAAAGAAGAAAUCGAAAAGGAAUGAGAGAACUGAAUCUACUUGUGCCUUUAUUAGGGACGACUUUAAAAAUAGAGCACCUUCUGGGAGGAUUUUGAUCCAAGUAUUUGGCACCAUCUCGGCUCAUUUUCUCUAAGCAAUACAAGUUUACGGACAGCCACCUAGCCAGCAGUUUUCUCCUAACAUGGAUUUACCAGGUUGGAUUCUGAGUACUUUCUGAGGAUUCUCCUUUGCCUAGACCGUCGGAAAAGAGGGGAGGAGGAGAGAAAAGAAGCUCACCCCCUCCCCUCCUUUCCCCUCCCCCCAAUCUGUUCCUCAGCUGUCCCCACCCCAGCCUUGGUCCAAGCUUCUCAGAAAAAGAAAGGGCAAGAGAAAUCUCGACGAGGGCAGCUUAGCCCCCCCUCCCCCUUCCCACCCCUCCCCACCUUCCCCUACCCCACCUUCUCCUCCUCCUCCAUUUCUUCCAUAUCCCCUCCCUUCCCCUAUCCCCUCCUUCCUUCCCCCAAUCUUGGAGCCCCAAUGCCGGCGCCUGGCAGGGGCUGCUGCUGGACGCUCCUGACUAUGCCGACGCUGAGGCGGCGGGGGGCGCUGCGGGAGCCAGCGGGCUGCUGCUACUGCCUGGUGGCGGCGCUGGCCCUGCUACUGCUGCUGCUGCCUGCUGGCUGCCCGGUGCGAGCACAGAACGACACGGAGCCCAUAGUCCUGGAGGGCAAGUGCCUGGUGGUGUGCGACUCCAGCCCGUCCGCGGACGGCGCAGUCACCUCCUCCCUGGGGAUCUCUGUGCGCUCCGGCAGCGCCAAGGUGGCUUUCUCCGCUAUUCGAAGCACCAACCAUGAACCAUCCGAAAUGAGCAACCGCACCAUGACCAUCUAUUUCGACCAGGUAUUAGUAAAUAUUGGCAACCAUUUCGAUCUUGCUUCCAGCAUAUUUGUAGCACCAAGGAAAGGGAUUUAUAGUUUCAGUUUCCAUGUGGUCAAAGUCUAUAACAGACAAACUAUCCAGGUAAGUUUAAUGCAAAACGGCUACCCAGUGAUUUCAGCAUUUGCAGGAGAUCAGGAUGUUACCAGAGAAGCUGCUAGCAAUGGUGUGUUGCUGCACAUGGAAAGAGAAGACAAAGUACACCUCAAAUUGGAAAGGGGUAACCUCAUGGGUGGAUGGAAAUAUUCGACCUUUUCUGGCUUCUUGGUCUUUCCUCUCUAAAUGCAGGCACCUUAGGGUGGAGCCCAAGGUGUGGUCUGGACCCAAAAAUUCAUCACUUACUAUCCUGAACUUGCCAGAACAUGAAACUUGUUAUCAACCAUCCAGUCAGAUUAUGGCAGUAGAAGAAUGAUCUCCUCCAAAAAUUUCAAUAUUUACUUUGAAUAUUGACAAUUCCUCUGGAAACUGCUUCUCUCAUUAGUUUUAGAAGACAGUGGUUUUAGGAGAAAUGAAAUUAUUGGCCUGGAAAAUUUGUACCUGUGAUUGUAAUUUCAGAUUUUAUUGUUGGGUUCAUUGAGCCUUUUUUCUGUUUUUUCACUUUGUUGUUAUCCUGAUGAGACAAGUAACUCAGACCUCAAGAUUUGCUGAAGGACUCACAAAAAGGGGCAGAAGAUACUACUACCUGGGGAAGGGUUCUUGCAAUGCAUUCUUUUUGUGUUUGUAUAGCCUUAAAAAAAAAGAAUGGCUUAUGUCUAAGUCCUGCAUUUUUUUUUUUUUUUCUGGUUGGGUGGGAGGGAUGGGAGUAGGAUGGGAUAUUAUGGACGUUACUGUGUCAAGAAGUGCUUUAUCCAGAGAAGCAAAUUUUGCACGAUUGGAAUAACCAAUUUUGUUUUGUGUUGUUCGUAUUUUUACUCAAUAUUUUUGUCUAUUUCCUGUUUUUCUUAAUUUAUUUUAUUUUGGUGCUGAAAAAUAUGUAAGCUAGAUUGAUCAAUAAGACAAAAAAGCAUAUAUUGUAAAUCAGAGUAAUGAGAUGGACAAUUCUGUCUGUUUUUUCAAAAUGAUCUUCACAGAUGCAUUUAAGAACAAAGGUCCUGGACCUUUGAUUUACAAUCUGGAAUCAUUCAGGGACUUGAAGUUUCUGAUUUGGUCUGAUUUUUCUAGAAGCAAAAAGCUGUGAUGAUGUGAUUUGACAUGUCCUAAAUUACAUCAUUUCUUUGCAUUACCAAGUGAAUCCUUGGUCUCCUCAGCAAUUCAUUUUAAUGAUUUUGAUUCACCUGUGGUUGUACACAUACAGAAGCACCACGUUAAAGUCAAGAGAACCAGUUUCUUCUCUUCUUCAAUCUAGAUAAAAUGAAUCUGAUCUGCCAUAUCAGGGUGCAUUUUGAUAAUGGACUGAAUAUCCAAUUGGUCCCAGGCUUUAUCUAAAAAGGCAAUGUGAGCAAGAACAAUUUUGAUUUUAUUCUCACCUCAGCUUUGCCCCUAUUUAUAUGAGAGGCCAUAUGGAACUGGAUGAAUGCAGUCUCUUAUAUUUGAGGGAAGAGUCGUUGAUCUCAAACCUGUUAAAAAUUGAAACCUCAGGCUGAAUGCCAAUUUGUCCACUGUACAACAUUGUAACCAAAAUGUUGAAGAUACUUUAAGAUUCAAAAUAAAUCGAUUUGAUGUCUGA